CGCGCCUACGUCGUGGACAACAGGACCGCCGCGGAGAAGCGGUACGACGAGCAGAUGGAGAAGAACCAGGAGCGGCAGAUCCAGAAGAUGGCGUCCAAGUCGCAUCGCGACAAGGUCAGGGACUUCAACGAGUACCUCAGCAAGCUGAGCGAGCAUCACGACAUCCCGAAAGUCGGGCCGGGGUGA